CAAGCAAUGGCUUCCUCCGACGAUCUCUCCUCUAUACUUCCAAGGGUCCUCAUCGUCUCCCGACGAACCGUUCGGAAGAACAAGUUCGUUGAUUUUGUGGGUGAAUAUCAUCUCGAUCUCAUCGUUAGUUAUGGAGCGGUGCCAGUAAUUGUCCCCAGGGUCGCCGGAGUUCAUACCCUGCUGGACAGCUUUGAGCCAAUCCAUGGAGUUCUACUCUGUGAGGGCGAAGACAUCGACCCUUCACUCUACGAUGCCGAGAUUUCUGGGCUUUCGCCUGAGGAAUUAGAAGAGAUUAGGAGAUUGCAUGUGAGCGAUACAUCCAUCGAUCGAGAGAAAGACACCAUAGAAUUGAGACUCGCCAAGCUCUGUCUCGAAAGAAACAUACCUUACUUGGGAAUCUGCAGGGGUUCACAGAUCCUCAACGUUGCUUGUGGGGGUUCCCUUUAUCAAGACAUUGAGAAAGAACUCUCCAAGAAUUUCCCAGAAGAACAGAGAACGGUUCACAUUGACUAUGACAACUAUGACGGGCAUCGUCACAAUGUGAAGGUGGUGGAGGAAACCCCAUUGCAUGCAUGGUUCAAAGAUUCUCUGGAGGAACAAGGGAAGAUGGAGAUUUGGGUUAACAGCUACCAUCAUCAAGGUGUCAAGAGAUUAGCCCAAAGGUUUGUUCCAAUGGCUUUCUCUCCAGAUGGUUUGAUUGAAGGGUUCUAUGAUCCUGAUGCUUAUAAUCCUCAUGAGGGUAAAUUCAUAAUGGGACUCCAAUUCCAUCCAGAGCGUAUGAGACAUCCGGUGUCGGAUGAAUUCGAUUACCCUGGUUGUCCAUCAGCAUAUCAGGAAUUUGUGAGGGCAGUAAUUGCUUACCAAAAGAAACUGAAUAGCUCAGUAAGAAUACCAAAAGGUCUAAAGCUUGACAAAGUGAUGGAAAAGAAAAGAAGCAUUAUAGUUCGAAGUUUCUCAAUUGCCAAAGAGAUGUACAUUACAGGGCGUGAGAUGCCUCCAGAUCAUAAGUGUGACCUUGAAGCUGGAGCUGAAUUCCUCCAGUCAAAUAAGGCUUUGAGUACACAACAAGAGAAGAGGUUGAAACAGAUGGGUGCAACAGUUAGGAAUGCUCAUAUGUAUCUAGAGAGAUUGAAGUUGAAUGAGGAGAGGGAGAAGGUAGCCAGGAAUGUGAUGGGGAAGAUGUCAAUAGAGCAGUUGUCAGAUCUCACGUCCUUUUACCAAAUGAUGGGGACAAUUUGUUCUGAGGUUUUAGAGAAAAAGGUCCUUCUCAAUUAGAUUAAUUAAUUAUCUU